AUGAGUUACCCACAAGAACAACUGGGGGAAUGUAUGAGGUUAGACUCACUUGAAGAGGAGGUGCAGGAGAGUUUUGAAGAAGAAGAGUCUGAAGAACCCGAAAGAAUAAUAGAAGAAGAGUGUACAUCAGGUGAAGAGUAUAAAAAUAUUGUUUAUAUCUCCUUACACUGUCAAUCUCACAGUCCCAAAAGAACCACCAGCCACCGCCACCGCACGGUUGCUGCCACGAUCAUCGGCUACUUUGCUUUGUCUCCGUCACUGCAUCGUCGCCUCCGGAAGUCCUGUGCGUGUGUCGUGUAUUGUCGUCGACGCCGUUCUCUCUUCUCGUCGUUGGCUCGUCUGCAUCUGCCGGUUCCUGCACCUUCGGCCUCCGUUCGCGUCGCAUUGUCCCUGCGGCCUCACUUCGUCCACCAUGCUAUGAAAUAUGAACCCUUGACUUCCCUUAUUUUCCAGCUAUCAAAAGAUCCGACGAUGAGCUUCCAAUUUUCAGCACAUGAUUGUGUAUUAUCAAGUUUAAUUGUGCUUGCUACCUAUGCUGUUGUGUAUUAUCAAGAGAAUCAUAUGUACACCAUGUGAUAUAAAAGGGUUGCAGUGAAGGCAAAGCGUCUUGAGUUUUAUAUGUGUCUGGUGAAGAGAGCCUUGAGUAAAUUGGUAACAGAGCAGAACGCCUUAGGAUUAAAUCAGAUAUAUAUUUAUAUUCAAGUACUGAUAUUGAGGUGAAAAUCUGGAUUUCUUCUGAUUAGUUUUGCUGCUAGCAUUCUUCUUGCUAUAUUAUUUUCUGUUUUAUACAUGGAUUUUUAUUGAAGUUAUUGUCUGGGUCCUAUUAAGCGAUUAUUUCAUGUAAUAGCCUUAACUUGCGAGAACUGUAUGCUGAAGUCUAGAUACUUAUAUGCUUUUUUAUUUAAUUUAGUUUUCAGGACAUAUUGAAGAAAGCUCAGCUUCUUUCCCCUCAUGCUAUGGUUGUUGAUUCAAUACAAACUCUUGAUCCUAUCAACACUGUUA